UCAGGCUAAAAAGAGCUCAAAACCAAAAAUCACCAGUUCAAAUGUCUGAAAGGGAAAACACAAAGAAGUGAAACUACCAGGCCCGAUAAACAUCGUGGACAUGAUAAUGAUGGAGUACAGCUUUGUCACUGAAGCCUAGGCUAGAGCUCCCAAAUGGCCACUGUCGUCGCACGUGGUAUUCAGGGUGGGUUGAGGCCGGCGUGGAGGAGAUCUGCCCAGGUGCAAAUGCAGUAUGGAAGAUCAACACUUCGGGCCGCCAGCUCCAGCACCGUCAGUACAGGACCUCAGAACGGGCCACGACACUCAGACUUAGCACCCUGGUACAGGUCCUGUUUGUUCGUUCCCGGCGACAGUGAACGAAAGCUGAGAAAGUCAGUAGAAUGUGGAGCUGACUUGUGUAUUCUGGAUCUGGACGAUGGCGUUGGACAUGACAAAAAGGCCAUGGCUAGAGAGAUGAUAUGCAACAUAGUACCACAAUUGGUCUAUCCAAGUACAACAAAUACGCUGGUUCGCUUGAAUGCCACCUCGGCACUGACAAGGGAUGGUUUAUCUCAGCUGGAGCUCGAUGUGGGCAUGCUGAGCACCAUGAAGACGCUGCCCAGCGCCGUGGGCCUGAGCAAGGCCGACACGGCGCAGGACGUUGAAACGUUCAUCACGCUGCUCGACAAGUACUUGCCACAAGACAUUCCUCCGCUGGGUAUCUACCUGAUGGUUGAGUCACCUCUAGCCAUUGUCAAGCUGGAGGAUAUCUGUAGCGCAUUGGUCAACGCGUCCCAGAGCAUGCGUUUGAAAUCGUUCCUGCCGGGUGGCCUGGCUUUCGGCCACAUGGAUUACUGCACCGACAUGGGCAUUGACACUACCGUCUAUGACCGCAGCAAGUUUCUCUUCGCUGAGCAGAAGCUGGCCACCGUAGCAAGGGCGUACCGCUUGCAGGCCAUGGACUGUGCAUAUACGCUGGUCAAGGACCUGGACGGUCUCCGCACGGACUGUCAGCAUGCCAAGCAAAGCGGCUUCACAGGCAAGACGUUGAUCCAUCCUAGCCAUGUGUCCGUUGCCAAUGAGGUGUUCUCACCGCCAGCUAAACAAGUGGCUUGGGCGCGUGGCCUCCUCGAUGCAUAUGCAAGGCACAACGCUGACGGACAGGCGGUGUUUGUUCAUGAAGGUGAGCUGGUAGACGAGCCUAUAUUUCGCCGCGCUCGCUUGACGCUGGAAGCUGCAGAUCGGCACAGCUCCGUUUAGUUCAGCAGAACGGCGGGACCAGCCUGUCAAAACUAUUCCCAUGCCACGGCAAGACAACAACUGGCCAAUGUGAUUCAGUCAGUAAAGCAGGGCAGACUUGAAUACAUGAAAAUAAUAGGCCUGCAAACACGAAUAAAUAAAAUCUGAAUGAAUGAAUGAAGACUCCCCACACAUCCCAUGUAGAAAGCAGAUUUAGCUUGGCAAGCAUCUCAGAUACCUAGGCGGGGUUAGUAGGCAAUCGCCGAACGCAGGCACACUCAUACUUCGUUGUUCAAGAAUCAAGAUGCUUCCGAGAAGUACCUGUUUUGGCAAUACCGGUAUGCUAUUAGGCGCGGUCCAGGCUGCAGUGAUAGAUGACAAGCCACACAUGCAUUUUACUCUAGACCUGUUCGUUUUAUAUUGGAAAUGAUACGUCGCCUUGCCUUUUAUUGCAGAGGAUUCUAUCAACCAUUUCUCAAUCAACCAUUGUGAUCAUGAGUCAAUGCGCGA